UCUGUCAAUCUCCCGUUCCAUCCUUAGGUAAAUGUUUAUGUACUAAUUUCUACUGAAAGGUUUAACUAAAUAAGCAGCUGUUUGCCAUGUGUAUCCAUCCUGUGCUUGUGAAAUGAACUGGGUGGACUUGUGUUGACUAAUGAAACAUUUCCUUUCGACACAAUGAUCCAGGGGUGGUUACCCAGAAUAAUCUUAAGGUUAAGUAAAUCAUUUGAACAUUUUUAUGAGUUUUGUUAAUUCUCUCAGCUGUUUCUUAAAGCCAUUGUUACUAAAGCUGCUCUUGAGAAUAUUUGUUGUUAAGGCACUUCUCCAGGAUGAUUUGUAAGGCAACAUUUAAUAGUUGGUGGGGGUUGGAGGCACAAGAAGACAUGCACCUCCAAUACAAAUACCAUUCUUUUCUUACCAUCCAGUUUUGGUCAUUUUGAAACUAAAUUGGAUUUUCUCCUUUUUUGUUUUUCAGCCCGAGUAUUUUUGAACAUAAGAAACACAUUUAAAAAAUGUUUUACUUAUAUUUUAUUGUAUAUCCACUGUAGAGGACAGCAGGACUUGUUGUUAAUGACAAUGCAAUUUUUUACAGCUGGCUAACAUUUGAAACAUGAUCACCAAAACAGGUUCAAAUGAUUACAAAAUCAUUACGGAGCAACUUGGGAUGGUUUCAGAAAGAAGCUUGGUCUGGUUUGGUCUUGAGCAAAAUACUCACCCAAGGCCCUCAGAAGACCGACACUUUGAAAAACCAGGAAGAGGAGUUUGUCAAGGUCACACCCCCAAACAUGGGGUACCAUAUAAACAUAACGCAGUGGGAUGGACUGUAUGUCGAGUGUAUAAAGUUCGAUAAGUGGUGCUCCAUAAAGGACUACACAGGAGAAGGUAUGCUAUCUUUACAUGAGUCACAUCAUUUAAAAUUUGCAAUUGUGCAAAAUGUCAAAUGAUUUCAGCAGAAGAUUUUUUUUACAGCAACCAAAUGUUUUCUUAUUUAGUCAAACCGAUGUCUACAGUACUGGGAAUGCAGUGGAUAUAGUGGUUAUGACAAUGUUUCAAUUAGAAAAUUGGACAAUGUGGACUGGGAAUAUUUGUUUUGGACUGGUGUUUGUGUCUUUUGUUUCUCUGACUAUACUGAGGUAAAUAUACGCAGUAAAAUAGCCAGAGAAUUAGACCAGAGGGUUGUAUUACACGUCUGUUUAAAAAGUUAAUACCCAGGAUUACCUUAUCGGCAGGUGCUAUGGCAGCCUAUCCUCUAGAACUAACCUGCUCCACAGCUCGUUAAGUCAUGGCUAUCUCCAGUUAGCCUGAAUUGACUACAAGCCAGCAACAGUUAGCAGUCAAGCAUGAUCACAGUCCACCCUCAGAGUACAGUUGAAUCCUGGAGUGUAAAUUGUAUAUCCUGAAUAACCUUUAUUAGGUGCUGGUUUUGUACAAAUCCUGAAAAGAUCUGUAUUUGUUCAAGGUACAGAUUGCACAAAAGUCAAAACUCACUCGUUUAAAGCCACCUGUGGAGUGUAAUUUCAUUCAGCCAAAAGUCAGAUCACUUCCAGAAUAUCUGAACAAAAUGUGGACUGAGAAUAUUUGUUUUGGACUGGUGCUGGUCUGUAUCAUCUGCCUCACUGACCAGACUCAGGGCCAGGAAAAAACUGCAGUUGUUCAAGGAACAGAUUGUACACAGAUCAAAACUCUCUCCCCUAAUGCCACCAGUGGAGUGUAUGUCAUUCAGCCAGUAGCAGCUGAAUCCCCAUUCAAGGUUUAUUGCGAGAUGCUGGCGGAUGGAGGGUGGACAGUGUUUCAGCUGCGCACUGGUCCCCAGGUUAACUUUGACACGGAGUGGACUGAAUACGAGGAAGGCUUCGGUCAUUUACGAAAGGACCACUGGCUGGGUCUGAGGCACGUGUUUCUUCUCACCCGACAGAGAUCAACUCUGCGGGUUGACCUGUGGGACUUUGAAGGGGGAACUGCCUUUGCUGAAUACAGUGACUUCCACCUGGGCACGGAGAGUGAGGCUUACAAACUAAAUGUCGGAGCCUACAGAGGCAAUGCAGGUAACGCCUUCCGCGGGACAUACGCAGGCAUUGACCAGAAUGGCUUUGGCUUCAGCACGUCAGACAAUGACAAUGAUGGUUGUUCACCCUGCAUCUUUGGCGACAUUGCAGAGGACCAUUGUGCCAUCAUGAGACACGGCGGGUGGUGGUUCAGCCGCUGUGGCUCCGCCAACCUCAACGGAUAUUGGCAGCCCGCUGGCAAACACAUCGGCUGGUCCUCGGGUCUCCACUGGGAGACCUGGAACAGACCUGGUCCUUACUCUGCCAAAGCCAGCCGCAUGAUGACCAAGUCUGUGUGAGAGGCCAUGUGCACAUAAAUCCGAAAUUGCCUCUUAAUCCAAGGCUUUCUGUGUGUCUGUGUCUCAUUCAUUAACAACUGUAGGUAAAGCACUUUUUACCUAAAAAACGCAUUAAAAUACCUAAAACACACA